UAGAAGAUAAAAUUAGAACAAUAAAUAAUGCUUCACUUUUCGUUGGUAAACAAAAUUUCUAAUUUAAAUGUCACAUUCGCAUUUAUAAACUUCUAAAAUGUUAUUAAAUCAUUUCGUGGUGCGCCUGACGUUGGUACUAUGAACGCAGGCAUAAAGGUUUCGUUUUCCUGUUACAUAUGUUGGCAGCGCAGAAAAAUUGUUCCAGCGAAAUUCGCUAUUUAACCAAAUUUAAUGGACGUGAGAGCAAGUGUGAACUGAUUAGAAUAAACGUGUACGUUCGAGAGGCUGUGCGUUCCAAACGGCAAAUCUUUCAAUAACCCAGAAUAAAAAUGAGUGAACUCGUUUGGGGUAUAAAAAAUGGUGAUUUGGAGCAAGUGCGGGAUAUCGUUGAAAAUAAGAAUAUUGAUGUUAAUCAAAUGAUUGAUGGAAGGACACCACUGCAUUAUGCAGCUGAUUAUGGCCAAAGUGAAGUUGUCAGAUAUCUUUUGGAUAAGGGUGCAAAUGCAAAUGCUACAGACAAGCAUGGUAUAACAACAUUAUUGGCAGCAAUUUGGGAAGGACACACAAACUGUGUGAAAUUGUUAUUAGAAAAAGGAGCUAAACCUGAUGGUCUAACACCAGACGGAGCCAGUUAUUUGGAUGUCGCUGAGAAAGAUGAGAUUAAACAGCUGCUUAAGCUUCACUAGCACAAAGCCAACCAAAACACAGAGCGAUAAUUUUGUUAUUUUAGUAUUUUAAUGUUCCUCAUAGGAGUAUCACCAUUGCUUUCUCUUAAUUUUCUUGCAUAUGACUAGACUAUCGUAUUUAUGCACUUUAAAUUAAAAGAUAUAGAUACACAAAUGUAGUUUUAUAAUAAUAUAUCGCACAUUUGGAGCGUAUAAUCAUGAACUCAUAGUCUUAUAUGGUUAUUCUUAGAGAUUUCAAAGUAUAUAUAAUUUCAGCUUUAAAGUAGUGUAUCGUACCAGUUCUUUUUCUUCUUUUUUUUUACAAAACUAACACAAGAACAAAUUUAUUUUUUAAAAUAUCUAAUCACAUAUAGCAGAAGAUAUUUUGAUACAUUCAUAAGAUGCAGCAUCGUGUUUUAAAUGUUUGCUAUUAAUUUAUAAAUGUUACAAAUGUUUUUUCUAUACAUUUUUUUUGUAAACCACUGUCAAAAUAAUGAUUCCAAUUUAGUUUAGUAUUUUCGUGAUAAAAGAAUACAUACAGAAUAGUAAAUGCUCUAUUUGAGAUAUAUAUAUAUUUAAAUACAUAAUUUAACUGAGUUUCAAGGAAAAUAUAAACUAUAGAAUGAGAUUAAAGAGCUAUCUUGAUGGUACUAAUUACUUGACAUGUCUAAAAAGGUUUUAAAAGGUGUACAAUAAUCAAAAAUAAUAAGCCAAUUGCAUCAUUGUUAUGUA